AUGGAUAUGCUUCGUUUAAUAGAUUUGAUACAUUUAUUAAAAAAGUUAUGCAUUUCAUGGUUUCAAGAUUUGUUAACUGAACAUGCAGAAUUGUUUUGGAGUUUCUUCUCAGCUGAUAUGGUCGGUGUAUUAGAAACAAUGCCACCGGACUGUUGGGAUAGUUUCCCAUUAUUUCAAUUAUUAAAUGAUUAUUUAAGUUCAGAAGUUUCUCUAAAAUCUGGGAAGUUUCAUCUACAACUAACACAAAUAUUCGCACCUUUGGUUGUACGUUACGUUGACCUGAUGGAGGCUUCAAUAGCUCAGUCUAUUAGUGGUGGAAUUGAUGGACAGGCAAGCUCUCAAAAUGGUAGGAACAGUCCUGAUCCUUCAUCUGGGAUGGCAUCAACAAGUACAGGUUUUGCAGCAUCUGCAUUAGAAACUGUCGGUGCUUUGGGAAAUGUAGGCUCUCUAGUGAGUGCAGCUGCAGCUGGUGCGGCUAAUGCUGCAAAUGUUGCUAGUCGAACAGGCGGUUUAAUGGCAGCAGCUACAGCAGCAGCCAAUGCAGCCACACAAGCUGCAACGAAUCCAGCUUCAAUAGGCACAACAGCAUGUAUACCCGUUACUUCAAGUGAGCUACUAUGGAAGCUGGAAGCUCUACAGAAUUUCAUCAGAGAACUUCACUGGCCAGAUGUAGAUUUUGCUGAACAUAUGGACAAUCGAUUAAAAAUGAUGGCUGCGGAGAUGAUUGAUGCAGCAGCUCAACGUGAAAUCGAUUUGUUGUCUCCAUUUGUGUACCAACCAAUUAGAUUUUGGAAGUCAGAAGUAGUUUUAAUCACAGCUAUUAAUUAUCCUUAAAUGCGUCAAACGUUGGAGUUAAGUUGUGUGAAGGACCGACUUCAGUUUACGUAUGAGUAAGCCAAGAUAGUGAGAGAUCCAUCUUGAUGACAUCUCCGGAAUAUGAUGUUGAUGCAUAAACAAUGGUAAUUUUCUGCUGUGGUAUGGUUCUGACGAUCAAUGGUUCAUAGAAAAUACUGAAGAUAAAUAGAGAUAAUCUGUACUUUCAAAGAACUAAUAAUGUAUAACUGGAUGUGAUUAUUAUUACCUUCAACCUCUCAGAGGUUGAUGUCUUGUUGUAUAAGAGCCUCCAGUCAACAUAAAUCAUUUAGUCAACAAAGCUUUAUUAAGAAA